CGCCCCCUUUCCGGGUGAGGCGGGUGCGUGACGUCAGUACGCUGUGGCAGGCUGGCCGGGGCUGGUUCUGGUUGUUGUCCCUGUGAGGAAGCGACGCUCGGAGUCAAUAGGAGAAGCUCGGCAGGCCCGGCGCACACGGAGACCAGGCCCAGCAGUGUAUCGGGGGAAUGUCGGUGUUUGGGAAGCUGUUCGGUACCGGGGGUAAGGGCGGCAAAGGCCCGAGCCCCCAGGAGGCCAUCCAGAAACUUCGGGACACAGAGGAGAUGCUGACCAAGAAGCAGGAGUUCCUGGAGAAGAAGAUCGAGCAGGAGCUGUCCACGGCCCGGAAGCACGGCACUAAGAACAAGCGAGCUGCUCUUCAGGCACUUAAACGUAAGAAGCGGUACGAGAAGCAGUUGGCACAGAUUGAUGGAACGUUAUCUACUAUUGAAUUCCAGAGGGAAGCCUUGGAAAAUGCCAAUACAAACACAGAGGUUCUCAAAAACAUGGGCUUUGCAGCCAAAGCUAUGAAAGCCGCUCAUGACAACAUGGAUAUUGAUAAGGUUGAUGAACUAAUGCAAGACAUUGCUGACCAGCAAGAGUUGGCUCAGGAAAUCUCAGAUGCCAUUUCCAAGCCUGUCGGGUUUGGGGAAGAGUUUGAUGACGAUGAGUUGAUGGCCGAGUUGGAAGAACUGGAACAGGAGGAACUAGACAAGAAUCUUCUGGAGGUCCACGGUCCAGAAACUGUGCCCCUCCCCAAUGUGCCUGCAGCCUCUUUACCUGCAAAGCCAGUCAAGAAAAAGCAAGAGGAGGAUGACGACGAUAUGAGAGAACUGGAAAGCUGGGCUGGCGUGUAAAUUUUUGUAGAUGUCUAAAGUGCACAGAUGGAGAGACUGAUCACCUGUUGGCGUUGGAUGUACAUAUGCGUGGGAAGAAAGGGGGAGGGGGUACGGAAAAGGACUACAAUUUUCUUUCUCCACCACUCUUUCUUUCUCUGUCCAAAACCUGGAAUGUGCAUUCGGACAAAACAAAUGAAAAUGACCAGGGCUCAUAUUUCGGCCUAAUUUCAAAUGGUUAUGAGUUUCCUCCCCUCGUCCCCUUUUUCACUGCCCAGUGUUUGGGUAACUGUUAUGUGGUAGCCAGAUUAUCAAGGAAACCUGGAUUGUUGUUGCAUCUAACUGCUUGGUCUGAAAUGCCUGCGCUCUGAAUAAACCUUGGACUACAUCCGUUCCGUAGAUCUCCAUGUUCAUUCUCCUCCUGUUUCUCACAUGGAUGCCUUGUAUCCUAAAGUAACUUGCCAUACAGUAUACAGCCCACAGGUUUCUAGGUUGUGUAGGAGAGAUUUCUAUGUGAGGACACAGAUAUUACUGUUCAUUUCCAUGUGUUGUGUACACCUGUUAUUGCUGCACACAUCCUCUGCUUCUGUCAUACUGAAGUCACUGAGGACUAGUGUUGGCCAUCAAGGAUUUAAAAUGUUACUAUGUUUUACAAACCAUAAUAAAUGCAUCAAUAGAAAUGGAAAAGGAAGUGGCAUAGCUGUGUAAAUAUGUAGUCAAUGUUAUGUGGCUAUAUUUGUAUAUGUUUUGAAGUAUACACAUCAAACUGUAACAAUAAAUGUAAUUAUGUUCAGAUAUAUAUGCACACAGAAAAUAUAAAUCAAUACAGCGUACGUGUUGCAAGCCACUAGGAAGUAUGUUGUAAAUUGUUCAGUCUCUCCACAGGCGUAUUUGGGCUCAGGUAGGGAUAUUGGCUACUUUACCACAAUCUUACUCAAUACACUGCUGAGCCCACGCCACCUACCCAAAACAUUUUUCAGAAAGAUGGAUUUGAAUGUUUAAUUUUAUUUUUCCUUCCAUACUCUGUUUUGCAUAUUUAUUAAACACUACACAAACCACACCAGAAGCGCUGGCUUUUAGGUUAAACCUUCAGAAUAUCUUGUUUACAAGCAUCCAGGAGCCUUUCGUUAUUCUCCAAACGCAUCUUCUCUGCUGGGGUUAGCUCUACAUUGCAGGCAUUUCCCGCCAGUGAAGGGGUAAAUUAUAGGGGUAAACAAUAAUACAUUAACUUUGAAGGUGUAUUUGUUUGUAAUAAGUUGUUUUCGUUUUCCUUUUUAAACCUAUAAAAUUUGGAAAUAGAUUGCACUUUCUAUAAAGUCUCUAUAUUCCUUUUGUUUUUAUGGAACAAUUGUCUUUUUUUUUUUGCUUAACCAAGAUUCUCCAUGACUAAAAUAUAGGCUGAACAGACACUGCUCUGAGAGGUGGGUGUAACCUAUAGACUAUAUACAUAACUAAAGUGAAUGGCUGCACAAAUCUAGCUUUGUACAUGGAGUGAAUGUAUUUUGCAAUACUAUGUCCUUGUUUAGAACAUUUUCAAUUACUUUUAAACUGCAUUUGCGCUCACUCAAGAAAAUAAAAUAUAUUUCAAAAUGUGAA